ACUUCCUUCCUGAACAGCACCAACAAUCUUUUUCAAUAUGUUUAUUGUUUCCUUUAGGUAUUGUACCUAGUGUGAAUGUAACGGCAACAGACGUUGAAAGCUACUUUGUACGCGCAAAUAGAAAAUAUCAUAACGACAAACAAGUCGAGAAAGGUCUAAUAAGAGAACUUGUCAUCAUUAUGGAUAGCUCAGCAAGUAUUCAGUGGCGACCAUUUAAGGACGCAAAGAUCCAAACAAGCAAAUUAAUUGGCCUACUAUGUCCAUCCGACAAGCCAUCUGACAAAGUUGCCGGACAACCCUACCAAUACAAUCAGGCUGCCAUGCUCACAUAUUCACAAAUGGUUGAGGAAACCGUUGACUUUAAGCGCUACAAUACAACCUCAGAUAUACAGAAUGCAAUCUCUAGAGCAACGCAUUUCGCAAGAAGUACAAAUACAGCAGAAGCUUUCAGGAGAGCAAAGGGACUCUUCACAACUGCCAAAAGUGCAAGGGAUCCUGCUCGGGCAAAACGUGAAGUACUGAUUCUGACAGAUGGUCAGUCUGACAAUGCUGCAGAAACACUUGCUGAAGCUGAAUCUCUUAAACACGUUGCUGAAGUGUACGGGCUUAUUACUGGGAGUUUUUUAUCAGAUGGGAUGAAAGAACUUACGAAAUAUGUUUCUGCACCAAUUAAUGAGUACCUGUUUUAUGUACAGGAUUACCAAGUUCUGGGAAAAUUGGUGGCGUAUAUUCAAGACAGUAAGAAAAUUUUGGGACCAAAGUAGUGUGCAAUGUUUGAUAUAUGAGUUGAAUUGAUUUGAUACUGAGGAAAACUUACUUUAUGUUAUAAUCAAGCAGAAGUUGUACAUAUACGUGUUAAAACAAGGGGAAUACAUUUUUAUGAAUUGAUCAAAUGAAUUGCAGUUUUACAAAAACUAUCUAGAAAUGUAUAUAACAGAAACAAAGUAAUUUUAUACUUGAUAUACUUUUUGGCCUAUACAAAUGGACUUACAAACACGACGCUUUUUGGGGGAAAAAAAGAACAAUUUGGAAAAAAAACAAAAUAAAGUGACAGACUAUCACUUUCUUUUGCAGAGCUUUCUGGGAUGUAAAAGUCAAAUUAAUUAUAAUGUAUAAACUGUGGAUUUUCUCAAACAUUUUGAUCAAAAGAUUAUUCAAUUAGACUUGACAUUUUGUGGCAAUGGAUAAAAUAUAUUUUGCUAAAGUCUAUGUUAUGUUGUUGACCAAAUAAAAAAAUAUAUUUUUAAUUAUUUGGCAUUAAAUGCCAACUUAUAAAUUUGCUACAUAUAUGACAUGAUAAAUGGAAAGAACGUACUGCUUCAGUACAGAUGUAGCUGUGUUUCGCUUUUCAGAUAUGACAAUGAAAAAAGCUAUUUAUUUGCUUCGUAUUAAAGGACAAGGGAAACCUGAUAAUAAGUUAAUUUUAUAUAAAAGCCAUCAUCAAGCUUUUCAUAACGCUGAAAGAAUUUUUAAAAUCGGACCACUAUUGAAAAAGAUAUGGCAGUUUGAAAUUUAAGAGGCAGCCAUUCUGUGUGUUUAUGACGUCACUUACACACUUCUGAAUUCUUUAUUUAGCAAAUAACCUUUUGAAUAGAUGAAUUUCAUAUGUUUCUUGAGUGUAAGAUGUAAAACAUGGUGAUUUCUUAAAUCAUACACAUAUUUUACAGAAAUAAGUAAAUACAGUUCAAAUAUGUGUCUAAAAUUUAAUAAAUCUGCCAUUUUGUUUUUUGUUGCCAUGGAAACAAAAUGGCCGCUAUUUUGAUCAAAUAUACUAAUGCUCGUAGCUUUCUCAUCCGUAUGUCGGUUUUGAAAAUUCUUUCACUUCUUUAAAUGAUUAAAGAAGCCGCAGCAGAUGGAAUUAACAUCAAAACAACAUUGCCUUUCCCUUUAAUUAAUAUCAAGUUAUUAUAUUAAAGUUUUGACUGUUUAAAUAGUGUCUGAAAAUUUCGUCUGAAAGAACACCUUUUCCUUAUUGUAAGCUGUUAAGCAUUGCCGUGAAAAAGGAGACUCAAAUGUAGGCCAACGAUGUUUACGAUGAGACUGCUGUCAUAUACACUCUCAGCAUAUUGUUUUUGAAAUGUAAAUGUUUCAAUGCCUCAUGCCAAUAUUCAAAACUUGUGUGUAGAAGUUUCAUUUUUGAAGCACAUUACAAUACUGCUAAUAUCGUUA